UUCUUGGUCAGUAAAGAUGCGGGUGCUGAUAACAGUUUUAUUAGUGAACUUGUUUGCCUGUGUAACAAAAGCAGCGUUGGAUAAGCCAGCUGAAUGCGGUAGCGAUCGUGGUUGUUAUUCUGACUGUGAUGGCACGUGCAAGUUUGUUGUCACGUGGAAAGAAAAUGGCGGGAAUAUAGACUUUACGCUUUCUUUAACAUUAGAGUCUGGCGGAUCGGACCAGUGGAUAGCGCUCGGACUGUCGGACGAUCAACAAAUGGGGUCUGACAGUGUUACAGAGUGUGUGAUGAAUGGCGGUAAUGUGGCUGUAUCAAAAUCGUACAAUCCAGGGAAAUUUAACUCACCUUUAGCUGAAAAAUCUACUGGUUUGACUAAUGCUCAGGGGAGCGUUACCGAUGGUGUCCUCACGUGCUCGUACACCCAGACUAAAACUUCCUCCAACAGUCAAAUCUUCAAUCUUGACACUGAUUGGUAUUUACUGGUCGCCAAUGGCAAAGCUUCCAAUGGGUUCAAGUCCCAGCACAGAGUAGAUACACUCCCGGCUAUAUCUCCAGAGAAGGCUGAUCUUCAAUCAACAGACGAUCUAUCUGGAACAGCCAAGGCUGUGAUGGUCAAACUUCAUGGUUCUUUAAUGAUGAUUGCGUGGAUAUUUUGUGCCAGUAUUGGAAUUGUUUUAUCCAGACAUUACAAACCAAUGUGGCCAAACAGUCAAGUUUGUAGCGAGAAAGUUUGGUUCACGUUCCACAGGAUAUGCAUGAUUUCGGCAUUUGUGACGUGUUCUGCUGGUUUUAUUAUCAUCUUUGUUGACGUCAAAGAUUGGUCUGAUCUUGCUGGAGCAACAAAGUGGCAAAGAGCACAUCCUUACCUCGGAGUCAUCGUCACAUUCUGCGUUGUCCUCAAUCCAAUCAUGGCACUGUUUCGUCCGCAUCCAGAUGCAAAGCGCCGUUACAUAUUUAGUUGGGCUCAUUGGUUUGUUGGAACUGUGGCUCAAAUACUUUCAGGUUUGGCUUUGAUUCUGGGAGUUACACUCGGAAGGGCGUCCGUGCCAUUUUACUGUGUCUGGGUGCUGGUGGCUUGGGUGGCAUACCAAAUGAUAAUAGAGUUGAUCCUCGAACUCUUGGAUUGUUGCAUUGCUGAUAACAGCCGGCGCUACUACAGAGACGGAAGUUUGAAAGACCCUCGUGGAAGUCUUCUGAAGAAAAUCAUACUUGCUUGUCACGUGUUAGUUAUAUUAGCGUUCACUGUCGUCUGCAUUGUGAUUGUUGCUAUCAACUGAACAAACUGUCAUUACACGCACACUCCUUUUAGUUAUAUGAUAUACAUGUACAUUGUGGCCAUAUUUUUAUUUAUGGACAUUCGGCUGUUGUUUGUAACUGUUGUUUAUACAUUUGUGUACAUAGUAAGUAAUUAUAUCCGGAAAAUGCCGACAUAAACAAAGAGAAUCUCAUAAAAGACAUAUUUAUAUAUAUUUAUUAUUACAUAAUUUUGUUUUGUAUGACAUACAAUUAAGAUAUUCCAUUUAUAACAGAACUAUAAACAACAUCAACAUUUUCUUGCAGCUCUCGAGACAAUUUCAAAAUAAAUGAUAUUCAUUCAACCUUCCUAAAUCAUUUUCAAUGAUAACAUAACAAACAUAACAAAACAUAA